UUUUUUUUCAAAUUUAGGACUCAUAUUUUUUCUAUGUUCCGUCGGAGAAAGUCAUUGUCGGUCGUUUGUAAGUCCUAGCCACUUUGCUUACUCGGAUCAGAUUGUUUCUCCUUCAUAUCACACUCGCGAGUUCUUGCAGUUUGAUUCUUCAAAUGAGAUCUUCUUUUGUUGGAUUCAUCACAAUAUUUGUACUUGUUUUUCUCUCAGUUUUCUGCUUUUCUACAGAUGGAAGUACUAAAGCGCAGAGAACUUUAGCGAUCAUAAAGCCGGAUGGAUUGCUUGGUAACCAUACAAACGAUAUCAAGACAACAAUUUCAGAAUACGGUUUCAACAUUGUCAAGGAAAAGAUUGUUCAACUCGAUGAGACGACUGUGAAAAGAUUUUAUGCAGAGCACUCUUCAAGAAGCUUUUUUUCCAACCUAGUUAAAUACAUGACAAGUGGACCGGUGUUAAUCAUGGUUUUGGAGAAGGAUAAUGCUAUUGCUGAUUGGCGUGCUUUAAUGGGCCCUACCGAUGCAAGCAAGGCCAAGAUUACUCACCCUCACAGCAUUAGAGCAAAAUGUGGAUUGGAUACCAAAAAAAAUUGUGUUCAUGGUUCAGACUCUACCAAAUCUGCACAAAGAGAGAUAUUGUUUUUCUUCGACGAGCUCGCUCCAGAUGUAGUUACAGAACAUGAUGAAUUGUAGCUGCUAAAAGCUUGAAGCAGAAACUCAACCUUUGUUUUUUUAGGCUCACUACUGUUGCAUGAUUCAUAUACAAGACUAAAGCACCGAGCAGAAACAGAGUUUAUGAAAAAAAUUAUUCUAGGAAGACAUAGUUAUAAUAUCCCCUACUCUUGGUUGAGUUUGUUGGCAUCACUUCUAUAGAGAUAACAUGCUGAAUGAAUCCAUGUACAGUAUAUUAUAACUUCUCAAACCAAGAUGAAUUGCUUCUGUGCGUGCAUCAAUAUUUUAAAAAUGUUAUAAAUGUUGAAGAAAAUGGUCAUUAUGUAAUCUAUGAUGUUUUCAAGUAAUUUGGACGGUUUGUUGAAUCUCAUUCCAUUAUCCGUCUUGAUCUUGCAAAAUCUUUAAAGAGUAACCAUCAAAGUUAUCUCCACCUCGGUCGGACCUUGGGGAUAUGACUCAGCCUCCUAAACCCCAGGCCAUGAUAUUUCAGAUUCUCAUAUAAUCAGACUCAUGUGGUUAUUGGUCAUGCUAAGAAAAAUAAAUAAAAAAUGCAUGUAAGUUGCAAUAUUUCAGAUAAUAGAAUCCAUAUGUGUAUAACUUGGUGCAUGUUUUUAUUUUAGAAUUUGAACACAUGCAUAUUGAUGCAUGUUCUUAUCCUAUAACAUGAG